CCCCGGCGCCUCCGGGCCGGCCCUGCGCCCCCGCCGCCCGGGGCUUCAGAACUUGCGGGCACUGUUGGGGCGCGUUUAAUUUAUAACGUGCUUCGUGUUCUACAGGAUGGGGAGGGACGCGCGGCAGUGUCAUCGGGAACUGGCGGCCCGGUGAAGCAGGAGCCGCCGGCAGUCCGCCUGCACCCAGCCGUUCCGCGCCGCGGCCGCUCAGCCUCUGCCAUGGCCGGAUCCGGCGCGUGGAAGCGCCUCAAAUCUCUGCUGAGGAAGGAUGAUGCGCCGCUGUUCUUAAAUGACACCAGCGCCUUUGACUUCUCGGACGAGGUGGGGGACGAGGGGCUUUCUCGGUUUAACAAACUUCGAGUCGUGGUGGCCGAUGAUGGUUCUGAAACCCCGGAAAGGCCUAUUAACGGGGCGCACCCGGCCCUCCAGGCCGACGACGACUCCUUACUGGACCAGGACCUACCUUUGACCAACAGUCAGCUGAGUUUGAAGGUGGACCCCUGUGACAACUGCAGCAAACAGAGAGAGUUACUGAAGCAGAGAAAGGCGAAAACCAGAUUGAGCAUCGCUGCCGUUCUUUACUUGCUUUUCAUGAUUGGAGAACUUGUAGGCGGAUACAUUGCAAAUAGCCUAGCAAUUAUGACCGAUGCCCUUCACAUGUUGACUGACCUAAGUGCCAUCAUACUGACCCUGCUUGCCUUGUGGCUGUCUUCAAAAUCACCAACCAAAAGAUUCACCUUUGGAUUUCAUCGCUUAGAGGUUUUGUCAGCUAUGAUUAGUGUGCUGUUGGUAUAUAUACUUAUGGGAUUCCUCCUAUAUGAAGCUGUCCAAAGAACUAUCCAUAUGAAAUAUGAAAUAAAUGGAGAUAUAAUGCUCAUUACCGCAGCUAUUGGUGUUGCAGUUAACAUAAUAAUGGGGUUUCUGUUGAACCAGUCUGGUCACCAUCACACCCAUUCCCACUCCCUGCCUUCAGAUUCUCCUACCACAGGUCCUAGGUUUGGACACAGCAAUGGGCAGGAUAGCCUGGCGGUGAGAGCUGCAUUUGUACAUGCCUUGGGGGAUUUGGUGCAGAGUGUUGGUGUGCUAAUAGCUGCAUACAUCAUUCGAUUCAAGCCAGAAUACAAGAUCGCUGAUCCCAUCUGUACAUAUGUAUUUUCAUUACUUGUGGCUUUUACAACAUUUCGCAUCAUAUGGGACACAGUAGUUAUAAUACUAGAAGGUGUGCCAAGCCAUUUGAAUGUAGACUAUAUCAAAGAAGCCUUGAUGAAAAUAGAAGAUGUAUAUUCAGUGGAAGAUUUAAAUAUCUGGUCUCUCACUUCAGGAAAACCUACUGCCAUAGUACACAUACAGCUAAUUCCUGGAAGUUCAUCUAAAUGGGAGGAAGUACAGUCCAAAGCAAAGCAUUUAUUAUUGCACACAUUUGGCAUGUAUAAAUGUACCAUUCAGCUUCAGAGUUACAGGCAAGAAGUGGACAGAACUUGUGCAAACUGUCAGAGUUCCAGCACCUAAUUUGAUGUUUGGGGGACUACUACCUUAUUUCUCCUGCAGUCACAGACCUGAGAGCAAUAAAUGCACACCUAAUGAGAAAAUGGAAUCCCUGACAGCUGUGUCCGUACCAAGCACUUGUCUCUUAAAAAGUCACUCCAGCCUGACAGUGCUGGUUUCUCUUUGAUGGUAAAAUGAGACUUCACCAUGAUUUUUAGAUGAAGAUGUUUCCAAAACACUGUUUACAGAAUGAGACAUGACUCUACAGAUACCUCAUGGAAGACAAUCCAAGACCAUACUUCAUUAAUUAUGACAGAGUGCAGAUCUUAAAGGAGGCAUCAAGAAUUCAGUAUUUGCAUUUAAAAAUCCUUUUUACUUAAAAGACCAUUUUAUAUCAAGCCAGUGCUGGAAAACUGAAUUUUUUUAUUAUGUAAUCUUGACACCCAGCUUCUGGAAUUUGACACCCAGCUCUCUUUUUUUACAGAAAAUAUUUCUCAACAGAUUUCAGAAAGUACUAGUAAUUAUCCAGAGAGUGGAAUAAGCAUGUAUUCCUAAGUGUUUGGAAAUGUUUUAUUUCAAAAAUAAGUCUUAAUGUUAGAGUUAAUACUUUAUUAACAACUUUUUCCAGAUGUUACAGGGUUUUGAAUCUCAAAGUUAGCAUUUUUGGUUAUUUGUAAUCUUACCAGAACCAAAUCUUUACAUAUUAUGGUCACUGUCAUUAAAUUAUUUAGGAAAUAUUUUCAAUAUUAUUCUGAAUGGCAGAAAUUAAUCUUAAACUCAAAUUACUAUAUGAUAAUUUAAAAC